UUUGACGUCACGCACGCGGCAAAAACAAAAAUGACGUACGCGCGGCUUCUCACCAAAGUGUAGAUUUUAUGUUUUGCCAAUUUUAGUGACACAAAUGCUAUAAUUUUCAGAAAUACAUAAUUAAGAGGAUAUUUUUAUUUAGCAGCCGUUGAUUAUUCGCGUACAGAAGGGUAUUUUGGAAGAACAUGGCCAUGGAUUCCGCAGAGACGAGAUAUGCCCAUCUGCUGCAACCCCUGCGGGACCUCACCAAGAACUGGGACAUUGACCUGGCCAGCCAGCUCGGAGAGUAUCUUGAGGAGCUGGACCAGAUGACCAUAUCAUUUGAUGGUGGGAAAACUAUGAUGAACUUUGCAGAAGCUGCACUUUUAAUUCAAGGAUCAACGUGCAUCUAUGGCAGAAAGGUGGAGCUCCUUCACACUCUGGUGUUUCAAACAUUGGACUACAUAUCUAACAAAAACAAGAAACGUGAUAAACAAAGUUCUUCUUCAGAUGGAAACCAAGAAAAAGCCCAUUCAGGCAAUGAAGGAGAUGAUUGUGAGUUUGAUGAGAUUGAGCAGGAUGAGAAUGUCAACUCUCAGAAUAUAACAAUGAAAGAUACAACAGAGCCCGUUAAGAUUAUCCGUCUCCCUCCUGAGUCUCUCAUUCCUGCCGAAUCACAUGAGAAACAGAAAUACCCCCUUCUCAGUCUUAAAGGGGAGCUUCUUGGCAGCUGUAAGGAUUUUCGGAUUAAUAAUUUCACCUUGGAUGAAGUGGGAUUGAUGCGUCUGGGCUCUUCCCACGCUCACUUCCUCAAGGAGGUUGCAGAAAUCCAGCACAAUUUCUCUGUACAUGCACCUGUGCCCUUACAGACAGAAGGGGUAGCUGAGGUUGAUGGUGGUUACGAUGAACAGGAUUGUGGCGCUGAAGUUCUUCCUCCACUGGAAGAUCAUGGGAUGGAGGUGGAGUCUGAAGAGUGGGUAGAAAGGCAUCAGGGCCAGAGUGAGGGGAGGAUGCUGAGACCGAGACCUGAAGUACAGCCAAUUUCAGUGGAACCUAAGCAACUCAAGGAAAGUGUGGACCCUUGGAAAUGGCAUGACUCAUAUGCUGUGUUUGGGGAGGACAAACCUCUUAAAAUAGGCAAGUGUUAUAAAGUGCCAGCAGGUCUUGAAGAGUCUGGAAAAAGAAAGAGGAAGGGUCCCUCAAAACUGCAGGACUUUGGCAGCUGGUACUCUAAAGCUUUUGAGACUGCGGAUCGCAAGCUUAAGAAUGGACCUACUUAUCCUGACCUUAAUUACAUCUUUGUGAGUAAAAUGGGUCAGCGUCUGAAAGUACAGAAGCAGAUUCUCAGGAAAAGGGGUGUUUUUGUCUGCGAUGAGGAGUUAAAGAAAACUUACUUGGAACCAGAGAAUCUUGAGAACCAGGUCGAGGUGGUCCGGCAUCCAGAUAUAGAGGGUGAGGACUUUUCCGAUCAGGAACAUGACGACUUUGUUGAUGAACUUGAACCUGCGCAUCACCUCGGAGAACAGGAGCAAAUUUUCCAAGACUUGCAUAUGAGCCGGAUGAGUUAUGAAGAUCUGGUCAAGAAGAGUGUGGAUCUGUUUCUGGUGAACUCUCAGAAGUAUGCGCAGGAGACGGCGUUGUCUCGAAGAGUCAAAGAGUGGGAGGAUGGGAUCAACCCUCAUCUUGCUGCCCAGGAGACCCGUCUUGCUUUUGACAUCCAUGAGUAUGGAGACAGAAUUGUCCAGGCACUCUCUAGCGUGGGGAUGAAAAAAUCAUUUGCUUUCCUUGUCGAAGGCAAGGAGAACACAGAAGCCUGCAGAUACAUGUUGGCUGCGCUACAGCUGGCCAAUGAUUACACAGUGGAGAUUGACAAGAAGGAGGGACUUGAAGACAGUGUAGAUACAAUGGAACUCACAUUACUGACUACACAAAGAGCUCAUGAACGUCUCAAAACCUACAACGCACCUUCUGCUACAGAUAUUCCCUGACCUUUUACUUUUGUUUAUUGCUUGUCGUCUCUUCCCUGUGGUCCAAAACAGAAGCUCUUUAUCACAGACAACAUCAAAGAGAUACAAAUCACACAAAGACUUUCUAUGCUUUUCUAUUCUAGGCAUUUUGGUCUCGUAAUGGGAACACGCAGCACUGCUCUUGCAUUUUCAAUUUGGUCUUUAAACACGCAUGGAUGAAUCAGAGUGACGAGAUGUGAUUCAAUUAUGUGUAAUAUUAUGAUAAAAGUCUGUCCAAGUGUCUAUUUCUAUGCAUUUUCUGGACACUUAAUCUCCAAGUAAACUGUUUUUAAAGUUUC